AUGGCAGAGAUCGCUGCGUCGGCUGGGAGAGGGCCGACGCGAUGUUACUCGCCAGGCGUCGACGUCGUCAUCGCGCUGGGCACCAACAUGGGCAACCGGGGACUCAACCUACACAGAGGGCUCCGAAGGCUUCGGGAGCUAGGAGUGCAGAUACUCCGCCAUUCCGCGCUGUUCGAGACAGCCGCCGCCUACGUAACGGACCAGCCGUCCUUCCUGAACGCGGCGGUGCUGGCACGAACCAGCCUACCCCCCCUGGAGCUGCUCAGGGUGCUCAAGCAGGUGGAGGGGGAGGCGGGUCGGGACCUCGAGGGGGCCCAGCGCUUCGGACCGCGACCUCUGGACCUGGAUGUCGUAUUCUACGGCGCGGUGCCGUACCGGGACGAACGACUGGAGGUGCCUCAUCCCCGGUGGCGGGAGCGGCCGUUCGUACAGGCCCCCGUAUCAGAUUUGCUGUACCGCCGAGACGACGACGAUGUCGCCGGGAGCUCGACGCCGCCGCUUCCUGGGCCCCCG